CAACCGUCUUUGCUUCGUUGGUCUCCUUUCGCGAAUACUUUGAACUGCGGUCGGGCUUCGCGGUUUGGCGCAACGCGCUCAUCAUCGAGAUCACAACAGCAAGAUGCUUCGUCAAUGGGCAUCGGUCGCUGUUGCUCUUGGUACUCUAAUCGAUAUCACCACCGCGCAUACGUACGAGACGCGGUUUAACGGCACAACCUGGGACGAUGAUAAUUGGCGCAUCAUCACCACAAAUUUAGACCAAGGCCAUUACCAAUCGCGUAUGUCCUUGGCCAACGGAUAUCUCGGAAUCAAUGUUGCUGCCGUCGGACCUUUCUUCGAGGUCGAUACGCCUGUAGCCGGUGAUAAUAUUAACGGUUGGCCGCUGUUCAGUCGUCGACAGACUUUCGCGACUGUAGCCGGAUUCUAUGAUUCUCAACCUACAACCGAGGGCACGAAUUUCGAAUGGCUGAAUCAAUAUGGUGGGGAGAGUGUCAUUAGCGGUGUGCCGCAUUGGAGUGGUCUCUACAUUCAGGUUGGAAACCGUAUCCUGAAUGCCAGCGUCCCUGCACGGGAAAUAUCCAAGUUUCAGUCUACUUUAGACCACAAGCAUGGCAUUCUGUCAUGGAAAUACGAUUGGACACCAUCCGGCGCGAACGCCACGAUUGCCGUGGAAUACGAGAUCUUCGUGCACAAGCUAUAUGUCAAUCAAGCUGCCGUUCAGCUGAAGUUGACCUCGCAGACUAACAUCAAUGUCACCGUCAUCGAUGUUCUUGAUGGCGAUUGCGCAGUCAGAUCUGGACUGGUUGAAAAGGGAUAUGAUGCUAAGUCACCAAUCAUCUUUUCAGCCGUGCGACCAAACGGAGUCAACACUGAGUUCUAUGUUCAUUCGGUUCUCGCAGCAGAUGAUUCUUGCCAUUCCAGUAACCGUCGCGAGUAUAAGCUGCCAUCCGUCAUUGGUGGCAACAGCUCUUCAAUCGCGCAAGCGAUUGACGUUGUUUUGCAACCGAAGCAGACCUCCAAAAUUCACAAAUUCAUCGGUGGCGCAUCAAGUACCGCUUUCAGCCAUGCAAAGGCAGUGUCGCGCAGAUCAGCCCUCCAAGCAGCUCAUUCCGGAUACAAAUCUCUUCGUGCAUGUCACCGCGCAGAGUGGCAAAGUAUUUUCGCCGAAGACAGCGUCGACAACUUCCGAACUGCGAACGGUACCAUUCCUGCUGACACGAAUUUGAUCGAGCUUCAGAUCACGGCGAUUACCAAUCCUUUCCAUCUGCUACAGAACACAAUUGGCUCUAACGCGAUUGCCGCCGCCGGAAACAUCACUCACCUUGAUGUCAACAGCAUCAGUGUCUGUGGACUCGGGAGUGAUUGCUACGCUGGUUUGAUUUUCUGGGAUGCUGAGGUCUGGAUGGCUCCUGGCUUGGUGGUCGCUUUUCCACAAGCGGCCAAACAGAUUGCUAGUUAUCGAGUUGAGAAAUUUCCGCAGGCGCAGCGAAACGUCAAGACGGCAUACCAGUCAAGCCAGAACCAGACAGGAAAGUUCUCUCCGAACGGAGCCGUUUAUCCCUGGACGAGUGGUGGCUUUGGCAAUUGCACUGGCACCGGACCUUGCUUUGAUUACGAAUACCACAUUAACGGUGACAUCGGGCUAGAGAUUUACAACUAUUACGCCGUUACUGGAGAUACCGACUAUUUCCGCCAGCAACUGUUCCCGAUUUACGAUGCUGUCGCGCAGUUCUAUGUUGACUUGGUCACAUACAACUAUACAUCUAAGAUGUACGAUCUUUACAAUGCCACAGAUCCGGAUGAGUACGCCAACUUCCAGACCAAUGUUGGAUUCACAAUGGUCUUGAUGCGCACACAUGUCAACACGGCUAACACUCUGCGAUCGCGCUUCGGCUUACAGCCAAACGACACCUGGACGCAGGUCGCAAACUCGAUCACGAUCCCGGUGGACGAAUCAGCUAAUAUCAUCCUCGAGUAUGCUGCGAUGAAUGGCAGCAUUAGUGUCAAGCAAGCCGAUGUUGUACUUGUUGAUGACUUUCUCGACUUUCCCAAUCCUUACUCAUUGAGCAAUUUGGAUUACUACGCAGGGAAACAGUCCUUGAAUGGCCCGGGAAUGACAUACGGCGUGUUCAGCAUCGUGGCGAACGAAGUCAGUCCUUCAGGAUGCUCUUCCUAUACUUAUGACCUCUACGGAUCGCAGCCGUACAUUCGCGGCCCCUGGUUUCAGUACAGCGAGCAACUGCUUGACAACUUCGAAGCCAAUGGCGGUACUCAUCCGGCUUAUCCUUUCUUGACCGGUAUGGGCGGCGCCAAUCGCGUCGCAGUCUUCGGAUAUCUCGGUUUGCGACUGAUGCUCGAAAGCUUGAAUGUCGAUCCUUCACUGCCACCGCAGAUUUCUCAAUUGACGUACCGCACAAUCUACUGGCAAGGAUGGCCAAUCAAAGCCCGCUCAAACCAGACACAUACCACUUUGACGCGUCUCUCGCAUCCAUUGUCGACCGCAAAUUCCACCUUUGCUACAUACGCCAUUCCCGUCACCAUUGGUCUACACGGCGACGCACCUCCACUUUCUCUCCCACCCAACGGCGCCAUCACUGUCACCAACCGCGGCAUCGACUCAGGAGAUCGUGCCAGGCCAGUUCGCUCUCAGCGCCGUCGACGGUGCCGCCAGCACCAAGUGGCAACCUCUCCACGCCAACAUCACCGCCAGCGUCACAGUACAACUCUCACAACCCUUCAUCCCCAUCACUAGCAUCCUCUUCGACUGGGCUCAAGCCCCACCCCAAAGCUACCGCGUCACCUUCCACAACCUCUCCGACACCACCAUCGUGCCGCCACUACUCGUAGCGAGCUCAGAUAACAUCGCCAUUAGUAAUCCCUACAAUGCGGCGAUGGCGGCGGCAGUGGU